UAUCAAUUGGGUUAUUGUAACUGUACUUUAAGGUGCAUCUUAUAAGACGACCAAAUUAAGACCUAGGCCUCGUCUGAUAACAAAACCGUGACAACAAUGGCGACUGAAGUGCUAACAGGGUUUGUACUAGUCUAUUGUGUCGUCUUUGCUUUCGCUGCCUGUCCAAUAGACUGGUCAGAAUUUCAGGGAGAAUGUUUACAUUUCAGCAGAGCCAGUAGAGGCUGGAUAGAUGCCGCGAGAGAUUGCAGGAGUAAAGGUGGCUAUCUGAUGACAGAUGACAACGAGGAUAAACACAACUUUGUAACACAGAUCCUCAGUGUUCUUCACGAGUUUAGGGAGUCAGGCUUUUGGGUUGGGGCAGAGGACAAUGUGUUCGAGGGUCAGUGGCGAUGGUUAGAGACGGGCACCGCUCUCGGUCCCUACACAAAAUGGGCGUCAGGAUAUCCAACUAAAAACGAGACCACAAACUGCCUCGUUAUGAAGUUUGAGGGUACCACUCUAUUUUGGAUGGAUGAUAAUUGUGUUCCAUGGGCCCACGGCAAGGAAAGGGGAGGAUCGCACUUUUACAUUUGCGAAAAACCAGAAAAUGCGGACGGGGCCGGUGUGAUAGGUUAGAAAUAUUGGGCUCAGAAAGAGAACGAGAGGGAAUGAACAGUAAAUAAAGAUGAAAACUAAUAA